AACGAGUCGUUGUCGAAGGCCAGUCAAGAGUUCGAAGGUGCGGCGGGUGACGUAACGAUUGCGCACGACGGGCGGGAGGACGCCGCCAUAAUCAUGAAGGUCACCAAGCCGCCAAGAAGCGAGAAAGGUGGAACGAGAGGAAGGAAGCGCACCGUAGCGCUGAGGCGGGCCACGUCGUCUCUGCCGCGGCGGCCCUCGAGUACGAAACGCCCUCGCACGCCACGUCCUACGGCAACGCGACGGGAAGGGAAGUUCGAUUCUCGACGGAACGUCCAGUCGGCACCGAUACGCAUGCCUACUAAGCACAAGUGCGGCCUGGCCUUCUACACGUACUGUUCGACGUUCCAGCACGAGGCCUACUACCGCCACACAACACGCUCGUGCGUCCGCACUGUCACGGACGACGUGCACGUGUGCAACCACUCCCCAAACAGAUUCACCUCGCGCAGCGAGUGCCAGAGAAAAUGCGUCCGCAACCAGAUGCCCUCGGAUGCCUGCUUCGAGAAGACGCUGUUCUCCUGGUGCAACAGACGAGACGUUAGCGCCAGCUGGUGGGUUUUCGACGGCAAGCGAUGCCGGCCGUGGCAUUUCCCCAAGGGCCUAUGCCCGAGCCCCUACGACAGCGACGUCUUCGGCAGCCUCGGCGAAUGCGAGCGCCGCUGCUCAUCGCCGGUGGAUGUAGGCGUUGACGGGGCCAGGCGCCGGGUCACGUGUAGGGGACCUGGAGACGGAGUCACCUGCGACUCCGACGUCCUGCGGUUCCCGUACUUUGCCGACGUGUCGGCCGGCGGUGAUGGUCGCGUGCGAUGCAUCAGGGCAUCGGCAGCGACGUUGCUCACGCACCGGUGCCUCGUCGGCUCCAACCGGUUCUCCUCGGAAGUAGCCUGCAAGCGAGCCUGCGUGGACGGCGUCACGCUCAGGCGCGGGAAGAACGUAUAGUCAGCUUAAUGAAGUCGCUUCUACAUUUACAUCCGUCUUAUUUCUUUCUACGCGCGUACUUUAGUCUAUUU